AUGCGCGGUACGCAUUGGUACGGUUCAUUUCUCUUGAAAAUUUUCGGACAGGGGACAAGGGAGGCUGAUGAAGCACCACGCGAGAACCGCACCCAGUUGGAUGGUUUGCGUGCAUCUAGGCCUGCACAUGGGGACGCCAAGUACACUGGGCUUUCCAUCCAUACAUCCGGAUGGUUCGGCGAUAACACUUGUCAGGGCAGCAUGCCAUCAUAUCAUCUGCAGAAAACGUGCUCAGGCAGCAAGGGGACAAGUGGACAAGAAGUCGCGACAUGGCGCGACUAG